UCCUCUUCUCUCUCUCCUCUCUCCCCUUCUCUUUCACCCUACACCCAUUAAUGCCCUUUCCCCUCUCUUUCCUCUCUCUCCGGUUCCCGAACGCUGACGCCGACGAUGACGACUCGACUGACGGCUGAUUUUUUUUUUUUUUUUAAAUUUUAAAGCCUAAACCAGUCGAUAGAUAUAAUUUUGUAAAUUUUCCUCAUUUUUUCAUGUUCUUUUUUUUUUUUUUUAAUAUUUUCGUAAAAAACUCUAAGGAAACACGUGCAUAUAUCUGCCUCAUCAUCAUCCACAUGCGCUGAAAAUCAUUCAAUCAGCCAGCUAACCUAUCAUUCAAUAUCUCAUCAUUCAAUAUCUCUCAACUCACCUGGACUGCUAUUUUCAUUUUUAUCUACAAAUAGCUUUCCCUUCUCACAUUCUAGCCAGCCACAGGAGAGAGAGAGAGAGAGAGAGAGAGAGAGAGAUAAGCAUCAACGGUGAAAGAAAAAGAGAAUGGGGUGUGUUUAUCACCAUGGCUUCCUAAUUCCAUUACUACUUGUGGCCUUGGCUUUCUCACUAUCCUCUGCCGCUGACCCAGCCCCUCUUCAAGAUUUCUGUGUUGCUGCCUCCACCACCAAGGAUGCUGUGAUGGUGAACGGUAAGAUCUGCAAAGACCCAAAACUAGUUGUGCCCGAAGACUUCUCCGUUUCCGGGUUCCAUAAACCCAGAAACUCUUCCAACCCCUUGGGCUCGAUCACCACCUUGUUCAAUGUGGACUACCUCCCGGGGCUCAACACCCUGGGCAUAUCCAUGGCCAGGGUGGACCUCGCCCCGGGAGGGGUGAACCCUCCCCACCUCCACCCCCGCGCGUCCGAGAUGCUGGUGGUGGUUGAGGGCACCGUCUACGUCGGCUUCGUCACCACCAACUCCGACUCCCGCCUCUUCGCCAAAAUCCUCCACAAGGGCGACGCCUUCGUAUUCCCCGUUGGCCUCAUCCACUUCCAGAUCAACAUCGGUAGGACUCCCGCCGUGGGUUUCGUCAGCUUCGGCAGCCAGAAUGCUGGCGUCACUACCGUGGCCAACCGAAUCUUCUCGUCGCAGCCGCCGAUCAUGGCCGACGUCCUCUCCGCGGCCUUCCAAAUGGACAAGGAGAUGGUGGAACACCUUCAAGGAAUCUCCUGGUUCGAGAACGCUGCCGGUUAAAUUUGAUUAAACGAGUUUAAAGCAAUUUGCUAUUAAUGGCGAGAUACACUAUCACAAAUCAAUUUUCACGAGACUGUUAACUAGUCAUGAUAUUUUACUCUUGUGAUAGUUGUCGUUAGAUGCAUAGAGUUAUCUAAAUUAAAUUUGUGAACAAUAAUGCAGGCUUUGGAAUGAAUAAUUUGUUUGUUGAUGA